CUUACUGUCCCCGCAGUGCAGGGCUGAACCGGUAUUGGGGCUGCCUUAGUUCCCAGGUGCUGUCUAGAAUGGGGAUCUGGGGGCCCCUCCACGGGGCCCCCUCACAUGGUAUCAGUGGGAGUUUAUUUUUUUAGUUCAUACCUUAUUUUGCUUAUAGGAGAGAAAAAAAAAAUCCCUUUCCAACGAAGGGGAAAGGUUAUAAAACUUUGUAACUUUCUAAAAAGCAAAUACUUCUAGGCUUGUCUGGUUCUACCCUAUCCAGUCUUCCUUGUCCUGUCUGUGGGAGACCCAGAUGACUCGCUCUCCCCUUACAUCUGGGACAGCAAUUCCUCUGGAGUUGGUUUACUACUUGGGACUUGAGUCAGGAAGAAAUUGCUGGUGCCCCUCCCACCAGUGGCUGCUGAAACAGAAGAUUCUGAAGAAACCCUUUCCUUGGGGGACAGACAGGCUAAAGCCUGAACAAUUUCCAAGAUGACGAAGCUACCAGCCACCAAGAAGAUCCAGAGCCCCCUCAACAUGGGGACCAUGUGGCUCUUUCAUGGCGCAGAACAUCAAAUGCAGAACGCAGAAAAUUCAAUGAAGAACAUCAAGUAUAUGGGCAAGGAAAUAAUAAACCUCAAAAAAGACCUUAUUCGAAGCCGCCUCUUGAUCCAGUCAGUGAAAAUAGGCCGCGGAUAUUUUGCCAUUCUGAAAGCAGAGAGUGCCUUGAAAAAGAGGCAACAGCAACUUCAGAAACUAAAAGAAGAAGAAAGAAAUAAAUUUCAGCCUGCCAAAAAGUUCUCAGAUAUCCAGUAUGGGGAUGCCUUAUUGACCACAUAUGAUGAUGAUAAGCUCAAGAAGUUGGGGACCGAAGUCAUACUCCGCCCGUUCACCCCCGUGCAUAGCUGCAUCAUUUCUUCCUCGCUCCCUGAGGCUCACGUUGAGCCCCUCUUCCGCCAGCUCUGCGCCCUCCACUGGCUUCUGGAGGCCCUGACUAUCGACCACACCCACCACACCAUGAAGCCCGUGAUCACCUGCUGGAAUACUAAGGACCCCGGCGGAAGCAAGAGCACAAUAAAAAAACUCAAUAAGGACAAGUCCAUGGGACAGAGGUGGGAGCACUUCGUCAGCGCGCCCAAGACCAAGAAAUUCAAAAUCCCUGCCCUGCGAGCCACCAGCCGCAAACCCAGUCGGCGAGGCUCCACACUCAGCCUCUCUCGGACCAGUGGGGGCUCGUCCCCCCAGAGCAGCAUGGUCUCCAUGAACCCCGGCUCAGAUGAGCCCCAGAGUGUGACCGUCCAGGUGGUCCUCAACAGGGAGAUUGAGGACAACGAGUCGUCUUCAACCAAACCAGAUGAAGAACCUCUCCACAUCAAUCUUCAGAAACUCCUAGAGAUGGUUCGAGAAGAUGCCCGGAGGACAAUCAUGACAGAAAAUGGGAUGCAAAAAAAAGCACCCAGCAUCCUGUCAGUGCUCAAGCAAAACAAGAGUGAUUCUGUCACGAAGAAUCCCCAGACCACCCAUAAAUCAAGUGACAGAACCAGCAGCACAAGUGGGGACAGCCAUACCCAGAUCAGCCAGAAGAAGUCUAAAGGCCGCACUAACCGUGACUUCAUUCAGUACAAGAGUGGGGUGUGCAACAUCAUGCGGGCCAAGUUCUACAGCGUGGCCCAGGAGGCCGGCUUCUGCCUGCAGGACAAGAUGGAAAUCCUCAUGAAGCGCCAAGAAGAGAGAGGUCUCCAGAAGUUCCGUUCCUUUGUCCUGGCCUCAAAUUUUCAAAAGGAUAUAGCAAAAAUGAGACAUCAAGUAUCCACAGUAAAAGGAGAUGCAGAAGAAAUUGCAGACCACUGGUACUUUGAUCUGUUGUCCAAACUCCCGGAAGAUCUGAAGAGCUUCCGCCCUGCCAGAAAGAUCCUGACGAAACUGCAGAAGUUUGGGGAAAACCUUGACUUAAGGAUCCGACCCCACGUUCUCCUGAAAGUGCUGCAGGAGCUGAGGAUCUGGGAACUGUGCUCCCCCGACAUCGCUGUGGCUAUCGAGUUUGUACGAGAACAUAUCAUCCAUAUGCCUCAAGAGGACUACAUCAGCUGGCUGCAGAACCGGGUCAACAUACCCAUCCGGCCCCACAGUGCCCUGACGUAGCCUGGGCCUGGGUUGACCAGCUGUCCCAGUGGAAAAUCCAGCCACCACCAUGUUCCCAGAUUCUGCCUUGUUCCAGCUUGUGGCCUAUUCCCAUGGAUGCUCAGAUGAAACUAUAGGGUCAUCUGGAGACAGACUUCUGGCAACAUCCUUGAGGGAGAUAUUCCCAGGAGGCCCAUGCCUCAAUUCCACACCUCAGCCCCAACUUCCCAGUCUGUUCCUCAUUGGUCUGGCCUGACUUUAUCUGCUCCAGACUCCUUCACCCGAUUCCUCUUCUUCAAAUUCU